AUGUCUGCUUUUGAAGAUGAUGAAUUUGCUACAGGCGAGUCUGGAGCCUCCAAAACAGAGCCUAAGCAGUGCAGCUCGUUGAGAAAGGGUGGACAUGUCUUGAUGAAAGAUCGUCCUUCUAAAGUUCACUUAGUUGGGAUAGAUAUAUUUACGGGUAAAAAAAUAUCAGCUUAUGGUUUAUUCGAGGAUAUACCGCUUCCUGAUACUAAUGUCGGCAAGGAAAUUCUAACGAAGUGGAAGUUGAAGUCGAAGGGAGACUCAGAUAACGUCUCUGUUGUUACCGCCAUGGACGAGCAGCAAGCCGAUGCAGUUCGCACUUCAGAUAAAUAA